AUGCCUCUCCCAGGAGUCCCCAGAGCCAUGACUGCAACUGUGCAGACACUGCGGUUCAAGCUGCUGCCACAUGAGCCAGACCAGGAGUGGGGGCACAGCUGCCAGCAGGAAAUAGAGCGUCGCUACCAGGUGGUGCCUUCGGUGGUGUGCGCCAUGUGCUGCCUCUUUGGCAUCAUCUACUGCUUCUUUGGCUACCGGUGCUUCAAGGCUGUCAUGUUCCUGACAGGGCUGAUGUUUGGCUCCAUCAUCAUCUUCAUGCUGUGCUACAAGGAGCGGGUGCUGGACACACAGCUGAGUGUGGAGGCCUCAGUGGGCAUCGGGCUGGGCAUCGGGGUCUUGUGUGGGCUGGUCACCAUGCUGGUGCGCAGUGUCGGUCUCUUCAUGGUGGGGCUACUCCUGGGGCUGCUGCUGGCGGUGGCCACGCUGGUGGUGAUGGAGCAGUUCUACCACCCACCUACUGUGUGGAUCCCCAUUGCACUGCUCCUGGGUGUAGGGAUGCUCUUUGCUGUCCUCACCCUGCAGUGGCAGCGUUUCUUCACCACCCUCUCCACCGCCGUCUUCGGCAGUGCCAUCAUGACCGUCACCGUUGACUACUUCAUUGAGCUCUUCCUCCUGGUGCAGUACAUCUAUGAGCGCAUCAAGGUGGCCCCUGCUCGUCCAGUAUGCUGGUACAGCUGGGUCAUCCUGGGUGUCUGGCCACUCCUCACCACACUGGGUGUCCUGGUCCAGUGGAAGGUCACGGCCGAGGGAUACUCCCACACAGAAGUGAUCAUCAGCCGGCAGCAGCGCCGCGUGCAGCUGAUGCGCAUCAAGCAGCGGGAGGACCGAAAGGAGAAGAAGAAGAAGCGGAGACCCCACCACCCACCACCCCACCAGCACAAAGCCCACCCACCUGAGCCCGCCUACCGCCGCAAACCCAACCCUGUGCGCCGCUUCGAUGGGGACGUGCUCUCCCCUAGCUACAUCCAGAGUUUCCGAGAGCGGCAGACGGGGCCGUCCCUGAACAGCCUCAUCACCAGUUCCCAUGCCAUGGUGGACCUGGACUAUGACUGCAGCUCCACCGUGCCCCUCACCACGGGCUCCGGCCCUGCUGUGCGGGUGUAA